UGUCGAAUGCGUGCAGCGCGUACUACUUCACCUCGUAGCGUUAUCGGGAAAGCGCGGGAAAAUCGCGGCGCCGAGCGCUCGCUUCAGUAGGCUCGCGGCCGCCGACAGACAUGGACGGGUCCGCGCGCGCGCUCUCUCUCGUACUCGCGGUGCUCGCGCUCGCGUACGCGCGCGCCCACAUGCCGUCCCACGACAACAUCCUCAGAAUACAGUUGUGGGACGCGGAGGGUCUCAGCAGGGAUCCCAUCACGACGCCGGCUCCGGCAACCACGCCAGCUGCGGCCACCACCAGGCGCCACAAGUUGAAAGUGAACUUGGACUUGCUGUACGAAACUAUGCUGGAGGAGGGCCACGGCGGAGGCUUCGGCCGGUUCACUCGUCACAAAGUGCGGCACAAGCGGCGCCGGCCCCGGCAGACCGGCACCGACCUGCCGUGGCGGUUCCACGCCGGGGACCAGGUGGUGAACGUGGCCGUGUACGACGACAAUGUGCCGUGGGAUGUUAUCGAGGCUGACAAUAGCGGGACCGUGGUGAAUGCCAGUGCAGUGAGUGACAGUGCCAGUUCCGCAGUGAAUGCGCCGCGGGACGUGGGGCCCCCCAUGCUGCUGCGACAACCUGAGGACGAGGAACGAGAGGUCAAAAAAGCCUUGCCACAAGUUCCAAAAUGCUGUCCAAGUGGACAGAACCUCACCACUACCGUGGAAGAUGGCACGGUGAAGACUGUCUGCAGCCGAUCCAGCCUGACCUUCCAGCCAUACUUCUUCCAAGCUAAUGAAACAUACAUGUUUAGCUACGAAACCAAUGUCUACGAAACAUUAGUAGGCAAUCCUUGUAAAUAUGAUAGGUACAAAUUAGAGCCAUACAUACACAGUGAAGACGAGUUCUAUCUCCUAGUAAACGGGUCUCUCUUCGUGCCAUACGCAAGACCGUACUUACUGGGUACGAAAGACUAUUGCAUGGAGACGUUUUACAAUGAGUCGGUGCCAGCAGGGUUGACUUUACCAGUCGUUUGUUUCACUACGCCUAUGGAAGAAACUAAGACGUCGUCUACGCUAAUUGCGUAUGCCACAGGUCUCCUAAUAUCGGUGCCGUUCCUCCUAGCAACGGCUUUUGUGUACCUAUUCAUUACGGAGUUACGGGACACACACGGCAAGGCGCUCGCUUGCCACACCGUAUGUUUGGCGCUCGCAUUCACUUGCCUCGCCGCCACGCAACUCGCGGGGCACGCCUUUCCUACAGUCGCUUGUACUAUUAUGGCAUACUUGAUCCAGUUUUCGUUCGUAUCCUGCUUCUUCUGGCUAAACGUGAUGUGUUUCGAUAUAUUCCUGAACGUUCGGAGAUACAUAAACGCGUCAGUAACAAGACGCAGCAUGCGACGAAGGUUCGCGUGGUACUGCGUAUACGCAGUCCUAUUCCCCAUACUGCUACUAAUAGUUACUAUAACUAUGGACCUGUCGCCGGCAGUGCCCAGUACUUAUCUGAAGCCUAACUUCGGAGUUAAGGGCUGCUGGUUUAAGACGGAUCAAGCAGCGUUGCCGUACUUCUACGGUCCAGUUGCUCUAAUACUGUUCAGCAAUCUUUGUAUAUUUUUCUUCACAUCGCGAGCCAUCGCUACGCAUUACGAUAAACUUAAGGAUGUUACACCGUUAGACCUGACACACUCAGACUUCAGCACGUCAGACGACUGGGUGCGCCUGGGCACGGUGCUAGGCCAGCCGCUGCCAGUCCACGAGACCACGGCCUCGCCGCCUAGGGAAGCACCCUCGAAUUUCAAUCAGAGGCUUAAGAAGUACAAAAAAUUGUUCCGCAUGUGCUGCCUACUAUCCUUCAUCAUGGGCCUAACAUGGGUGCUGGAGGUAGUCUCAUGGGCGGCGGGCGCGGGGUCAGAUGUGGUGUCAGUAUGGUCGGUGCUCGACCUGGUCAACGCGCUGCAGGGUGUCGUCAUAUUCGCCAUCUUUGUGCUGCAGCAGCCCGUCCGAUCGCUUGUUAAGUCCUCACACAUAUUCUCGUCAUGCAAAAGGAAAAAGGACGGCUCAGAAGUAUCCGUCGUAAGUGAAAGAAACAGCAUCAUAGGUCCCGGCAGAAGAGACUAUGUGUAGUGUAGUGUCAGUGACGUUGGACGAACGUUCUAGAACAAGCCAGCGGUGGCUGAUACACUCGAGACUGAUAAUGGUAACAGUAUUAUUGGCUUUGAAGAUUCAGUGGUGAGUGGACAAUGUUAUAUUGGUCAUUAUGAAUUGGAACUUCUUUAAUUGUAAUAAGGUCUUAAGUUCCGUAAACUUAUUGGAGCUGUCAAAACUUUUGUAUCUUUCGAUCAUGUUGGAAAUGACGUUUGAUGGAAUCGACAAUCAGUUCCUUAAACGAGUGUAUUGAACGGUCUUCUCAUGAAUACGGACCUAAGUAUUUAAGUUCUUACCGAGUUUGAAAUUACGAAUGAUUGAGUCUAUUUUGAAUAUAAAUUAGGUGUAAAUAUUUAUGUGGUGACUGUUAUUUGAAUUUAUUUGGCAGCGAAUUUAUCACAACGAAAUCUUGUACAGACUUGACUUAUAAUCUGAUGGUAUCGUAUCAGUUUUGAAACUUCUUCAAAAAUGUUGUGAUUGAAAUUCGCUCUUCCUCAAACGAGAUUAGGAUUUGCUUUCAAACCACUCACAUUAAAAUCUUCAAAGCGUUGCGGAGCAAUGUGAAAGGUGUAUGAACUUCAUUCAUGAUUUCAUUCCUGUGAUAGCGCCUUAAAACUUGUUUGUAAUAUUAUUUGCGAGAGUUCUAUCUUCUUAUUACGUUGCUUGUGUUUCAUUUAGUAAUUAGCUUACUGUUAAACUACAAUUUAGCAUUUUACAGAUAUAUUAAAAGUUUAAGUUACCGUUUCAUUAGGCUGGGUGUUCUAGUUGAUACAACGAUACACAAGGCUUAUUUUAUCAUUUAGGUUAACGUAUGCAAUUGUUAUUAUUGAUUAUAUGAGUUUAUUUAAGGCAGCCUCGGCUCAGAUCUGCCUACCCAGCCUAACGCUUGUUAAAUGUAUGGUUGUUAAUACUUAGUGUAAGAAAAUUUAAUAUUUUUAUAAAGUACAUGACCAAGUUAAUGAUUUUAUCUAAGCAUUAGCUGAUGUGACCUCUGCAUCGGAUCCUACAAUCUUGAUAGACGAAAUUGUGUAGUGCCAUAUGAUAGAAAAUAGUGAACUAAAAACGUGGUGCAUUUUAUUUCCUUUACGAGAGCUAGUCAUAAUGUAUAAAUUAAUGAAUGUUAUAAGCAAAUAGGUUAUUUAAUUUAUUUUCGUAAUUAUCAGUAAGGUGGACAAUUUUGGCAGUGUAAAUGUUUCUAUAAAAUUCUUGGGUUUGGCCGGCAAGAAUUGAUAAGUAUUAGUGCUAAGAGAAUGAUUGUAUUUGGUCUAUUGCAAUGAUGAUGUUGACAGCUGUAUUCAAUGUGAAAAGCUUUUGUUUAAUUGACUUAGAAACUGGUAAAUAUAUUAAGAAAUUACAUCAACUGUUUUAUAUAUUUCAAUGUUCUAUUCUGCUCAACUGUUCCAGUUAUUGGAUUUAUUUUUACAUAAUUCAUUUGAAUUUAAUGCAAUCAAUGAUGCAUACGUUGUUUAUUACAUAUUCAAUAAGAAAACCUUGUGUCAUUCUCGAAACUAUAACUAUUUAAAUGCAACAAAAAUAUUAAAACUUAAUGCAAAUGGGGACAGGAAAAUGACAUGUUGUUUCACUUAAAAUGCGUCAAACGUAGGUAUUUUCGUCAUAUGGAAUGUUGGCCACAGUUUCAAAAUCCUACAUUGGGGUUUGUCCCGAAUACUUAAUGCAAAAAACAGGUAAAUUACCCACCUAUAAAAGGAUAAAAAAACAGUCAUCACCAUUCUUGUAAAAUUAUUGCAUACCAAUAUUUUUGAAUAGUCUCAAAAUCCUAAUGAAAUCACUAAUUUUGAUAAUAAAAUAAUAGAUUAACAUAAAUCCGCACUUAAUUUUGAUUAAGACAUUAUCGAAAAUUGACUUUUUAUUACGUUUCAAUUUGGUUUUUAAUUUAUGUUUUUUUGAUGACGCGACUACCUACUUACAUUAGAUAAAACAGUUGAUGCUAUUUCUAAAAAAGGCAAGGUUUAAUUAAAAAAUAAAUAUAUCAAAACAAUAAAUUAUAUAACAAAUCAACUUCUACAGACGGAACUAAUUUAUCAAACAAACUUUUCAACCCAUAAAUUGUUUAUUGAUUCGCAACAAACUUGCAAACGUUAUCUAUGUAAAUUAAAAUAAUAUUCUGGAUAAGACUGGUCGUAUGAAUAUUGAAACGGGAAUACGUAAUAAAGUUUUUAAAAUACCAUUACGUGUAGAUAAGGAAAUGUAAUGUUAGGCUUGAUGAAGCAUGUUGGAGGAAGAGAUAUAAAUUGUACUCGUUUACGACCAAAUGUUGCGCGUCGUUAUAUCGCGAAUACGUGUAAUUUUAAAAACAUCUUGACAUCACGCUUUAAACUGGCUUCUUUUUAAAGUCAAAGUUAAAAGUUAAAAAAAAGAAUUAUUAAAUUUAUAAAAUACUUACAUGUUCUCGUUCUUCAAUUAAUGAAAUUAACCUUAAAGUUCCUGUUGUGACACACAAUAUUUGGUCCAAUGUCGAGUCCUAUGAAACAAACCCACUAUAGCAAUUUUCGACUUUUAUUAAAUUUUACUUUCGCUCAUCAAAAUUUUUCGUGUGGAAUAAAAUUGAAUCAAAAUUUAAGGACCCACGACAAUAAUUAGUGUUGUAACUUUAAGUAUAUCUUAUUUAAUUUAUUUGUAAACCAUCUGUUAUUUUCCAUUAUGAGAUAUUGAAUCUUUAUUAACAGUAAAAUAAAAUUAUGUAAUUAAUGUAAAGCUUUGAGUUUGUAUAAAGUGUAUUUAUCUUAAAUGCUCAAACACGUUGAUGAUACGUUACAAGACAGCUGCAUAUGAACUCACUUCUUAAUUGUACAUUUUAUACGAUAACGUUGGCAACGAGCUUUAUUUUAAAAAUACAGUUCAUAAUUUAGACGCGGCGUCUUGUAGCGUAUGAUAAAUCUGUUUCUGCGUAAAGUUAGCGAGUAUGCGUGUGUAACUAUGUAUUAUAUUAAUUGUUAAAUGUUGAUGCGGAAUUUUUAAGUGAAAUGACAAUUUAAAAGUGUAUAUUUGUCUAUUUUGCAAAACAUGACGUUAAUAAACAAGCUUUAUAUAAAA